CAGGUUUACCUGGAGAAAGAGAAGAAGUUACUGAGUUACAGAGUAAGGAGAGGUUACUGACUUCAACUUGAAACAUGGCAGAUUCUCACUCUGAGAGUAGUUAUGAAGAGUUGGUUGCUCCAUUGAAAGAUGAACUGAAGAAAAUUCUUAGGAACAGUAAGUUUGUAAAAAAAGGACCCACUACGAAAUUUAUAUUGAACACAACAGUUGUAACUGAAGAAGAAUUACUGAGGAAAGAGAGACUAGGAGAGAAAAUUGAUGACAAACCUCAUAAGGUCAUAUUGAUGGUUGGAGAAACAGGAGCAGGGAAGACUGCUCUCAUCAGUGCCAUGACUAAUUACAUCAUGGGUGUCAGAUGGGAAGACAAAAUUUGGCUGGAGGUAGUCGAGGUUUCUGAAAACCAAAAUCACUCUCAAACAGACGCAGUGACUGUUUAUGAAGUUUUUGCUCAGAACAGUCAGUUCUCUCUUACUGUUAUUGACACACCUGGAUUUGGCGAUGCAGAAAAUGUAGAUAAAGACAAACUCAUUCCUGAAGCUCUACAGCAGUUGUUCAGAUCUGAAGAUGGCAUUCAUGAAAUUCAUGCAGUGUGUCUCGUGCUGAAGGGUUCAGACACUCGCCUCCAUGACAGACAGAAAUAUAUUUUGGACGAAAUUAUGUCAUUAUUUGGCAAAGACAUUGAAAAACAUAUCUUACUAGUCUUCACACACCAACCUUAUAAAAGUCUCCCACAAAAAGUAAUUAAUUUCAUUAAAGAAACCAAAAUAAAAUGUGCAAAAAAAAAGACUAAUGAAUAUAUUUGUUUUACAUUUGACAACUGUCAGAGUGACAUGUUCAGUGAAGAAGACAGAGAGAGUUACAAAGCAUCAUGGGAUCAUGGAAUGAAAAAUUUCGAUCAGUUUUUCAAUUAUCUUAAUGAGAUAAACCCAAAAAGCUUAAAUAUGACAGAAGGUGUGCUUAGAGCCAGAAAACAACUGGAUGCCAGUGUCAACAAUUUAAAGGACAGAAUUGUGUUUGCAGGAUUGAAAAAACAAGAGCUGGAGCAAACAAAAACAGCUCUGGAGGAAUGUGAAAAAGACAGAGAGAAAGAAAAAAACUUUGAAUAUGAAGUUGAUGAACCUUACAAAGAAGAGGAACAGAUAAAAUCAUCAUGGUGGCACUUCAGCAAACAGGCGACCCGCUGCACUGACUGUCAGGAGAACUGCCACUAUCCUGGAUGCUGGUGGGUCAGUGAUCUCUCAUGGUGUAGUGUGAUGACAGAUGGAAAGUGUACAGUCUGCACUGCGAAGUGUCUUCAUACUAAACAUGUAAAAGAUGACAAAAUGUAUACGAUUAAAACAAGAAAGGUGAAAAGAACAAAAGCUGAUCUGAAAAAGAAAUAUGAAAAGAAGCUUGAAAAGAACAAGAGUUUGUUGAUCGGACUGGAGAAUGAAAUCAGACAGAUAGAUGCAGAAAUGGUCAGACUUGUGGAAGAGUGUUAUCAGUAUUUGGACAAAUUAAUGGAGACAGCAUUAAAUUCUACAUCCAUGUCCUCUUUCCUACAUCUGGACUUCAUGAUUGAGAAAGUGAAGGAAACUGGGAAAGAAGAAAGAGUUCAGAAACUUGAGGACCUUAAGAGAAGAGCUCAAGAGGAAAAUAAGGGACUAAUUGGAAAAUUCUGCAGAUUUUUUGGAAAGCAAAAACAAUACUAAAUAAAAACAUAAUAAAUGUCCCAUAUAUUGCUAAAUAUGAAAAAUAUCAAAUGAUAUGAUUCAGAUGUGUCUGAAAUACUUCCUUGUGCAUGUCUGUCCAGCGCACAUUUAACCUGUCCACCAUUUCUUAGAUAGUGACUGAUUCAUGUUUCUUCUCUUUCAGAAUCUUCCAUUGUUUGUUUGUUUAAAGUUUUCAUGUCUUAUUCAUGUGCAGAUUGCUGUGUGAAUAAUUUAACAAACUGUGUUCAUAAACCUACAGGUACUAAGAUGAUGGUGACUGAGAAUAUGACAUGCAUUUGAGAAUGUGAAAUAUUGUUUUGGGAAAUUGUUUGUAUUUACAUCUCCAUGAUUUGUACUGCAGAUCUCCAAAACCUGUAUUGAUUUAAAACAGCCUAAAACAAUUUAGUUGUUUAGUUGUGCUGUAAAAGAAUGCAUGCUGUUGCAUCACAGCACAAUGUUGUGCAUUUUGUAUCAAACAAAGAUGUAUAAUUGUUUUGUACAUAAUCAAAUAACAAUGUAUACAAUAUUUUGGAAAAUUGUUUAGAUUCAUUGAGCAUAUUAGUUUGGAGAACUGUUAAAAUAAUUUGAGAGAAACUGUA